AUGAAGAAGGGUGGAUUCAGCAAUAAUCUCAAGCUCUCAAUCCCUCCUGCUGGCGAGCAAUCCAUCACCAAAUUCUUGACGCAGAGCGGUACGUUCAAGGAUGGAGAUCUGCGAGUCAACAAAGACGGAGUUCGAAUCGUCUCUCAGUCUGAGCCUGAAGCUCUGUCUCCGAUUAAGCCAGCGGAUGAUGAGUUGAGCUUAUCCGAUUUGGACAUGGUUAAAGUCAUUGGUAAAGGAAGCAGCGGUGUUGUGCAGCUUGUUCAACACAAAUGGACUGGUCAAUUCUUCGCCUUAAAGGUCAUUCAACUAAACGUCGAUGAAGCGAUUCGCAAGUCAAUUGCACAAGAGCUUAAAAUAAACCAGUCGUCACAAUGUCCGUACCUUGUUACCUCGUACCAAUCGUUUUACGAUAAUGGCGCAAUCUCGCUGAUUUUGGAGUACAUGGACGGUGGAUCUCUAGAAGACUUUCUCAAAUCAGUCAAAACCAUCCCUGAGUCCUAUCUUUCUACCAUCUUUAAGCAAGUGCUUCAGGGACUGAUCUAUCUUCAUCAUGACAAGCACAUCAUCCACCGUGACUUGAAACCAUCGAAUCUGUUGGUCAACCACAGAGGAGAGGUCAAGAUCACUGACUUCGGUGUGAGUACCGUUAUGACUAACACCGCGGGUUUAGCAAACACCUUUGUCGGGACUUACAACUAUAUGUCUCCAGAGAGGAUCGUUGGGAACAAGUACGGUAACAAAAGCGAUAUAUGGAGCUUGGGAUUAGUAGUGCUUGAAUGUGCAACAGGGAAGUUCCCAUAUUUGCCACCAGAUGAAGAGGAAACAUGGAGCAGUGUUUUCGAGUUGAUGGAAGCAAUCGUGGACCAACCACCACCAACUCUUCCUUCAGAAAGCUUCUCCCCUGAGUUAUCUUCAUUCAUCUCCACUUGUUUGCAAAAGGACCCAAACAGUCGAAGCUCUGCUAGGGAACUAAUGGAACAUCCUUUCGUGAAGAAAUACGACAACAACUCGGAGAUCAACCUCGCGUCAUACUUUACAAAUGCAGGGUCUCCGCUUGCAACGCUUAAGAAUCUGUCUGGUACAUUCUCCGUUUAA